GAAAAAUAUUGAUAACUUUUUCAUGUUAUUAAUUUGUUUUCGUGUUUUGUAAGACAAAAAGAUGAAAACAAAUCAAUUUAGUUAUCAUAAAGAUGAUUAGCUAAAGCAAUUGUAAGUUUAAUACAUAAUUUAGUUGUAAAAAGACUUUUCCGAAAAACCAGAAGAAAACGAGAUUUGUACGAGAACUCGCCAAAGCUUGGUAGCAACAAAAUGGUGGACAAACUGUCAACAAGUGCUGUGCAAGAAAUAGCCGGGCUUUCGAAACAGAGAGGGCAGAGAAAGCUGGCAAAACAUCUUAACUUUUCUGUUGAUGAUGGAGAACUUGAUAUGAGACAAGCUAUACAUCUUGAUUUUUUAUAUGAUAACUUAAUGUUUGCUGCAGAAAAAGGAUUUCCUUGGAAUCAUGUGUGUAUGGUUGUAAAAUUUGCUGAAAAUGUUCUUACUAAUUCUUUAGGAAAAGAAUUGGUAUCUGUAUUGAAGUAUAUUCAGUCAGAAUCUACAGAGAUUGGUUGUGAACUUGGAGAAAGAAAUUUCAAAGUGUACAUUGAUUUUUUAUUUUCAACUUUCCUUCAGCACAUAAAGUUAUUUCAGUUUGUAUUUACACGUGAGCGUGGACGAAUGUCCCCUAAUGUACAGUUAGAAAUUAUUCCUCCAAAAGAUUCUGAACCUUUAAAAGAAGCUAAAGAAGUCAAAAUUUGGGAUUAUCAACAAAAUUAUGAAGGACUUCAAAGAAAGGAAACUGAAAAACAGAAUGAAAGGUUGCUUAAAAAACAAUAUAUUGCAGAAACUGCAGAUAAAAGAUUGGAAGAAUCAAUGAAAAAAAUUGAAAGUAAAAAGGAGGAAAAAUUUACAAAAGAGACAAUCACAGAUAUACUUAAAGAAGUAAUAGGAACUUAUACUGCCAACACCUUAGACAAUAUGAAGUGGAAUAUUGAAGAUACCAAAGAGGAUUUAGAGAUUAAAUUACAGAAAACAUGUCUACCUAGACCUCAAGCCUUAGGUGCACCCCCACGUUACACCUUGAAACCCAAAACUCCUGGAUCACCUCCAAAAGCAGCAAAAGCCAUGAAAUCUGCAUCUCCAGACCGUAAAAAAUCAGGUUCUGGACGAUCACGUAAAAAGUGAAAAGAUAUAUAUGAAAUAACUUGUAUAAACUAUUAAAAAAAGAAUACAAUCCAUCAUUCAGUGGAACCAAUUGUUUGAAAAAUUGAAUUAUUGUGGUGAUUUUAACCAUUAUACACAUUCAGGACUGUACAAAGAAUGUUUCUUAUCUGGAUAAAUGCAUUUAGCUAUGUCAGUGAAUGUUUUGCUGCCCUCCAUAAUAGCGGCAUUGUUGUACAUUUUUUCAUCAUUUUGUUGAACAAAUUAAUUUAAUGAGGUUGUUUAUGUUUUCAAUAAAUUAUUUACACUAAA